GACCGGGACAGGCCGCGGGAUCGGGAGCCGCAUCCCCGGUCCCGGCGCUGCCCAGGAGGGAAGGGGCAGACAGUGGAGGGCUCUCGCGGUGCCCUCGGGGCCGGGAAAGGCGGUUCGGUAAACAAUGGAGUCAGACAUAAAAGUGAACCAGGAUUCUAAAAGCCAGUUUAAGGCUUAUCAGAAGCAACAGCAGAGGCGGCUGCAAAAUGUGAUGGAGAGGAAGAAGGAAAAGCAGAACAGUCAGAAGGAUAAUGGCAACACAAGGGAGACUUUAAAAACCCCAGAUGAUCUAAACCUGUUUGAAGUAGGACAACCUGUAAAUGAAGAUGGCAGCAAAAGGUUUCUCGAGGCUGGGAACGAGCAGCUGCAGGAUCAGCUUCGAGAGGUCCGAGAUGAGAACUGCAGAUUGUACAAACUGGUGACAGAGAAAGAUUUUGAAAUAAAGCAACUCCAGAAGAAAGUCCAGGAGGACAGGUUGGCUUUGGCUGGGACUUCAGGGUUAGCUGGAGAUGUUGCAGCCACUAAAAUAGUGGAAUUGGCCAAAAAGAACCGUGAGAUAACUGCUGAGGCCGAGAGCGAAAGAGCCAAAGUGAAGCAGCUGAAUCACAAAGUCAAGGAGCUGGAGAGAGAACUACAGGCAGCUGUAGAAAAAAUACAUUCCCUUGGUGGUGGUGGAAUCAAGGAAUCAACUCUGAAGAUGCUGGAAGAAAACUUGGCUGAAAGUCCAGAGGUGAAAGCACUGCAAGAAAAAUUAAACACAGCCAACUUUAAAGCCAUGGAAUAUCGGAACCAGCUCCAAUCCUCCAGACAGGAACUGAAGAUGACCCAAAAGCUCUUGGCAAAUGAAAUUGGGGAAGAUGUGAAUAUUCAAAGUCUCUUGGCCAAUUCUGGCAGCUGGCGUGGACGGGCCCAGCAGAUCCUCGUUCUCCAAAACAAGGUUCGAGAGCUGGAGAGUAAGUUGGGUCAAAACAAGACCAGAAGAUCAGUGAUGGACAUUGAUGAGGAAUUCCUGGCCCUUGAGGAUCCAAGGAAGUUGUCAGCCCAGGAGAAGCACUUCCUGAAGCUUCGCAACUUGGAGAAAGAAAAGAAAGAAGCUUUGGAGAAACUGGUCGGGGAACACCGCGCUCUCCAAAACAGCCACGAGGAAGUGAACAAAAAACUCGAUGCAUCAAAAGCCAGGAACAAAAUCCUGUGUGGUGAACUGAAAAUCCUGAAGGCACAGGUUGUAACCUUGCUGGAGAAAGGAAAACACGACGAUGAGCUCAUAGAUGCCUUGCUGAGCCAGCAGAAGCAAAUGCAGGAGAUCUUAAAGGACCUGAGCCAGAAGGAGGAUGAGAACAAGGAGUCUUGGAAAAUAGGGCAGAUGUUGAACAAUGAGACUGAGGAACAAAGCUGCCUCAUAGAGCAUCUCAGGGAGCUGGUGGCAAAGGUUAAAAAGAUGGAAGAGGCGAUUGGGAAACUCACACUUCAGAAGGAAUCUGCCCAUCAAGGGGAGGGUUCAGGAGCUGCUGAUACACCACCUUCUGAGCACUCUGAGGCACCUCUGGCACCAGGCAGCAGUGAGGUUGCAAGGACUGACUCUGCCCGCACAGUGUCCAGCAUGGGCCACAUGCUUGUGGAAUCAGCAGCCACGAGGCCUUCCCUUCUUAGGGAUGACAUCUCACCUGGAGGGGUCCCUGGCACUGACAUUCCAGAGGGGAAGGUGCUGCAGACACAGACCACGGAGCACAGGGCUCUGUGCCAGGCUGCUGAGGUGGACAGGGACGGGCUCCUGGCACUGAUGAUUGUGCUGCAGAAAAGGGUGGAGGAAAGCAGCAAUAAAGUCUGGGAAGCUGAGAAGAGGCUUCAGGAACAGCAGCGGCAAAGUGUCGUUUUGGAACAGGAGCUUGAAAAGCUGCAAACGGAUCCAGGGAAAAACACAACAGGACAGAAACCACCCCUGAGGAGCAGAACAGGUGAGUCUGUGGGUCACUCAAGACUCCCUUUAAAUGUGAGUGACAGGAAGGAGGUCCCUGCAUUCCCCCUGUCCCAGCUGCCCCUGGAAUCACAGGGAGACGAGCAGAGCAUGAGGCUUGUGACCCAGCUGGAUGACAACAAAGCUCUGCAGGCUGCUUUGGAAUCAACUGUGAGAAAGAAAGAGGAAGAUUUUAAACUGUAUCAAGACACAAUGGAGCAAGUGAAGCAAAUCUUUUUAAAGGCCAUUGAGCAGCAGAAACAGGAGAAGAGUUAAGGGAGAUAUCCCAAGUUCUUUGGGCUGCAGAGCAGGGAGAGAGCCCAGGCAUCAUGCCCGGGAACUGGAGCAGUGGCAGUGUAGUUUUGCAGCCUCAGAUCUUCAGCAUUUACAGGAGAGGAUGAGAAACAGAGAUGAAAUACAAAAAGUGGAGGUUUCAUG